AUGGUGAAUGUAAACGAGAGUAGAGUGAAUGGCUUCUUGCUUUUGGGACUUUCCAGAGACCCUGUGGAGAAGAAACUCCUGUUUGGCCUGUUUUUGCUGGUUUACCUGGUGACCUUGGUGGGGAACCUUGGUCUGAUCUAUCUGAUCAGGAUGAUGCCUCACCUUCAUACUCCCAUGUACUUCUUUCUCAGCAAUUUGUCUUUCUUGGAUUCCUGUUACUCCUCAGUCACCCUCCCUAAAAUGCUGGUCAACCUCCUUUCAGAACAAAAGGCCAUUUCUUUCUCUGGAUGCGUGGCCCAACUAAGUCUGUUCAUUGUCUUUGCCACUGCAGAACUCUACCUUCUGGCUUCCAUGGCUUAUGACCGCUAUGUGGCAAUCUGUAGCCCUCUACUCUACCCCGUCCUUAUGUCCACCAGGGUCUGUGUCUCAUUGGUGGCCCUGUGUUAUGUUGCUGGAAUUGUUAAUUCCCUGACAGUGGUAAAUUCUAUAUUUCAACUCUCCUUCUGCACAUCUAAAACCAUUAACAGCUUCUUCUGUGACAUUCCCCCACUCCUGGCUCUGUCUUGCUCUGAUACCCGUACCUGUGAGAUAUUGGUCUUUGCCUUUGGAGGGUUUAUUCAACUAAGUUCCCUGUUGAUCGUACUGAUCUCCUACCUAUUCAUCAUCAUCACCAUCCUGAAAAUCCGGUCCCCUGAUGGGAAACUCAAGAGCUUCUCUACCUGUGCCUCACACCUGGCCGUUGUCAGCUUAUUCUAUGGGACGCUUAUAUUCAUGUACCUACGACCUACCUCGAGCUACUCCCUGGAUCAGGACCGAGUGGUCUCUGUAUUUUACACAACAGUUAUCCCCAUGCUGAACCCCAUUAUCUACAGCAUGAGGAAUCGGGAUGUGAAGGAGGCACUAAAGAGGCUUUUGAGGAGACCCCCCUGGCUCUACCGUUGCUCCCUCGUCUAUCCCUGCCCCACCACCAAGGCUUUUCCUUGCCACUGUAUCAGCCGGGGCAUAGACUAUACCGAGAAGAAAGUGAAUAAAAGUCACCAGCAGAACGGGGACAAGGAAGCACUUCUUCAGGUUCCUGGGACCCCUGUAGGCUCCGAGAACCUGAAAAGCCGCUUCCUCGAGUGGCACAAGAACCCCAAGCCACCUUGCUGUGGGCACUAA